GCGCCCCCGAAGUUCCAGGGGCCGGGAGUGGGCUGGGGGAGGGCGGGCCGGCCCUCCUAUCCGGAGCAGCGGUGACAGCCGCAGAAACGAUGAGAAGGACCAUUUAGAGAUUGGCAGAAGGAGGGACCUCCCUCCAGCGCGGAAUGCAAUGUUAAUUCUGGGGCGUUGACGUUUUACAAUGCCUGAUCAAGACAGGAAGGUGAAGACCACAGAAAAAUCAACCGAUAAAAAACAGCAAGGAAUCACCACCACCAGGGACUAUUCAGAUCUUAAAAGACUUCGGUGCCUUUUGAACGUCCAAUCAAGCAAACAACAGCUUCCAGCCAUUACCUUCGAUAGUGCCCAAAAUAGCAUGACGAAGUCUGAGCCCGCCACCAGGGCGGGUGGACACAGAGCUCGAGGUCAGUGGCACGAGUCCACUGAAGCUGUUGAACUUGAAAAUUUUAGUAUAAACUACAAGAAUGAGAGGAAUUUCAGCAAACAUCCCCAGCAUCAACUAUUUCAGGAGAUCUUUACAGCCUUGGUGAAAAAUAGGCUCAUAUGCAGAGAGUGGGUUAAUCGAGCCCCGUCUAUUCACUUUCUGAGAGUGUUAAUCUGUCUGAGACUACUCAUGAGGGAUCCAUGUUACCAGGAAAUACUCUACAGCUUGGAUGGGAUUGAAAGCCUAGCUCAGUACAUGGAGAUCGUGGCCACUGAGUACCUCAGCUACGGCGAGGAGCAGCACAGUGUGGGCAAGCUGGUCAACAUGACGUAUAUUUUCCAAAAGCUUGCUGCUGUCAAAGACCAAAGGGAAUGGGUCACCACAAGCGGCGCCCACAAGACAUUAGUAAAUUUACUCGGUGCCCGAGAUACCAGUGUUCUGUUGGGUGCCCUUCUGGCUCUGACUAGUUUGGCUGAAAGCCCAGAAUGUAGGGAGAAGAUAAGUGAACUCAACGUUGUAGAAAAUCUGCUGAUGAUUUUACAUGAAUAUGACUUACUUUCCAAAAGGCUGACCGCGGAGCUGCUGCGCCUCCUCUGUGCAGAGCCCCAGGUGAAGGAGCAGGUGAAGCUCUACGAAGGGAUCCCCGUCCUCCUCAGCCUGCUCCACUCUGACCACCUGAAGCUGCUCUGGAGCGUGGUCUGGAUCCUGGUGCAGGUUUGCGAGGACCCUGAGACCAGUGUGGAAAUCCGAAUUUGGGGAGGCAUCAAGCAGCUGCUUCAUAUUUUACGAGGAGAUAGGAAUUUUGUUUCUGACCGCUCUUCCAUCGGAAGCCUGUCCAGUGCGAAUGCGGCAGGCCGCAUCCAGCAGCUCCAUUUGUCAGAAGACUUGAGCCCUCGGGAAAUACAAGAAAAUACUUUCUCUCUUCAAGCAGCCUGCUGUGCGGCCCUCACCGAGCUGGUGCUCAACGACACCAACGCCCACCAGGUGGUUCAGGAGAAUGGUGUGUAUACCAUAGCAAAAUUGAUUUUACCGAACAAACAAAAGAAUGCACCAAAAACGAGUCUUUUCCAGUGUUAUGCUUUCAGAGCCUUGAGGUUUCUCUUCAGCAUGGAAAGAAACAGGCCGCUCUUCAAAAGACUUUUUCCCACCGACUUGUUUGAGAUCUUCAUUGACAUAGGACAUUACGUGCGUGAUAUCAGUGCUUAUGAAGAAUUGGUCUCAAAGUUGAAUUUAUUAGUGGAGGAUGAACGGAUGCAAAUUGCUGAAAAUAUUGAAAGUAUUAAUCAGAAUAAAGCUCCUUCGAAAUAUAUAGGCAACUACGCAAUUUUGGAUCAUCUUGGAAGUGGAGCUUUUGGCUGUGUUUACAAGGUUAGGAAGCGUAGUGGUCAAAAUCUCUUAGCAAUGAAAGAAGUCAAUUUACAUAACCCAGCCUUUGGAAAGGAUAAAACAGAUCGAGACAGCAGUGUGAAGAAUAUUGUUUCUGAAUUAACCAUAAUUAAAGAGCAGCUUUAUCAUCCCAAUGUUGUACGCUAUUACAAAACAUUUCUGGAAAAUGAUAGAUUGUAUAUAGUUAUGGAGCUUAUAGAAGGAGCCCCUCUUGGAGAACAUUUCAGUUCUCUGAAGGAAAAACAACUUCAUUUUACUGAAGAAAGACUAUGGAAAAUAUUUAUCCAGCUGUGCUUAGCUCUUCGGUACUUGCACAAGGAGAAGAGAAUCAUCCAUAGAGAUCUGACGCCAAACAACAUCAUGUUGGGGGAUAAGGACAAAGUAACAGUGACUGACUUUGGCCUGGCAAAGCAAAAACAAGAGAACAGUAAACUCACAUCUGUUGUUGGAACAAUUCUGUAUUCCUGGCCAAAGGUCAAAUAUGUGUUUGUCCACUCAAACCUCGUCAGGAUUCAGGAAUACGACAGUCCCAUCCUCACUACUAUGUCUGCCGUGCUGCCUGGUUUUUAUCUAACCCACUUAUUGUCACAGCCCCCACGAAAGAUAGUGGAGGCGGUGUAUGAGCCAGUGCCAGAAGGCAUCUACUCUGAAAAAGUGACAGAUACCAUCAGCAGGUGCCUCACUCCUGACGCAGAAGCCCGCCCAGAUAUUGUGGAAGUCAGCUCCAUGAUAUCGGAUGUCAUGAUGAAGUAUUUAGAUAGCUUGUCUACAUCCCAGCUGGCCUUGGAGAAGAAACUGGAACGGGAACGGAGGCGCACACAGAGGUAUUUUAUGGAAGCCAACCGGAACGCCAUCACAUGUCACCAUGAGCUGGCCCCACUGUCUCAGGAGACCUUCGAGAAGGCGAGCCUGAGCAGCAGCAGCAGCGGGGCAGCCAGCCUGAGGAGCGAGCUUUCCGAGAGCGCGGACCUGCCCCCCGAAGGGCUCCAGGCCCCCUGUGGAAGGGAAGAAGACAGGGCCUGUGAUGAAAUCCUGUCGGAUGAUACCUUCAACCUGGAAAACAUCGAGAAAGAUAUAUACUCAGAGCUCGACGAUGACUUGGACAUUUCGGACAACUCCAGCAGCUCCAGUUCCAGCCCUUUGAAAGAAUCUACAUUCAGCACUUUAAAGAGAAGUUUUAGUGCUUCAGGAGGAGAAAGACAAUCCCAAAUGAGGGACUUCACUGGGGGAGUGGUAUCAAGACCAAGACCAGCUUUGCUGCCUCUUGACCUGCUUCUGAAAGUGCCACCCCUCAUGCUCAGGGCCCACAUUAAGGAGGUAGAGGCCGAGCUAGUGACGGGGUGGCAGUCCCACAGCCUCCCCACUGUGAUCCUCCGCAAUCUCAAAGAUCAUGGGCCACAGAUGAGCACAUUCUUGUGGCAAGCAUCUGCAGGGAUGGCUGUAUCCCAGAGGAAAGUCCGUCAGAUCAGUGAUCCCAUUCAGCAGAUCUUAAUUCAGCUGCACAAAAUCAUCUACAUCACGCAGCUUCCUCCAGCGUUGCACCACAAUUUGAAAAGAAGGGUUAUAGAGAGAUUCAAGAAAUCCCUCUUCAGCCAGCAGAGUAACCCUUGUAAUUUGAAAUCUGAAAUUAAAAAGUUAUCUCAGGGAUCUCCAGAACCGAUCGAGCCCAACUUUUUCACGGCGGAUUAUCAUUUAUUACAUCACUCAGCAGGUGGAAACAGUCUGUCCCCAAGUGAACCGGCAGGCCUCCCCACCAGCUUUGACUUGGAGGAGGGAAUAACGUAUGAGCAGAUGCAGACUGUGAUUGAAGAAGUCCUAGAGGAAAGUGGUUAUUACAAUUUUACUUCUAACAGGUAUCACUCCUAUCCAUGGGGGACCAAGAGCCACCCAACCAAAAGAUGAAAAUGCUGCACUCUGAAUGAACUUGGUUCUCCCAGUGAAGUUCAAGUUCCGGACUUCCGCCACCACUGCAAGAUGCCUGAGGACUGGGCGCUGUUAAAAGAGUGUGGAGGAGAAAAGACCACGAUGCCAUGGUGCUGGCAGGACCUCUUUCUGGAGGUCUGGUGGUAGGCUCUGUGAGGGCAGCAGUGCUUGGAGGCUCAAUUCCUGGGAUGCAUUACACACGGGACGACAGGGCUCCCGGUGUGCUCCUGGGAGAAGAUGCUGCAAAUUCACCUGCGGGAAGAAAACCCACUCCUCACAGAACUUUCCUCCAAGUUAGAAAAAAUGAACACCUUGUCAUAUUUUUCAAAGAAAUAUUUUAUACUUAGAAUUGCUAAGUUCAGAGACAUCUAGCCUUCCAUGUAUAAAAAAUAGUUUUAGAUAAAGAAAAUUAUAGGACUCAAAAUAAUAACAUAUUGGGUGAUUCACUGUAUCUCCCAUUUUUUUAAUCUUAAAAGAUAUUUAAAAUGUGAUUGAAUUUUUUUUGUUUGUUUGUUUUAAUGAAAGGAUUGGUUCUCUCUUAACCACUUGGGUGCUAGUGGUCUUGAACCCGGAGACAGUGUAGACAGUAUUGUAACCUUGCACAGCCUCUGGGAAUAACUAUCAAAUAGUCAUAUUUAAGUUAGAGUAAUAGAAUAUGUGGAUGUACAGUGUGUAUAUGUACAUAUGAGUGGGGGCAGUGGGGAUUUGGAUUAGGCUAAUGCUUUGCUGCUAAUCAAACUUAUAGUGUUUUUAGAGCACUUUGAAGAGUUCCUAGAAUCUAUGAAAGAGAUGCAAUAUUCCUUGUUCUAAGUCCCCCCUUACUAAAAUUACAUUGUUAUAAAAUUUCUAUUGUUGAAAAUUUGAAAUGAAAAUAAGUUAUAUAAUAAAAUUGAAGUUCCUUGAUUCAUUGAGCCAUCCCUUAAAAAGAGAAAUCAGAAUACCAAACAGUGUCCCAUUCCUACAUAGAAAGAACUUAUGAUGGAAACUUUCUAGAUUCUUAUUAGGCUAUAAUAUCUUCAUUUGGCUUCUUAUAACUUCUGUAAGGUCAAGAAAUGCCCUUAUUGUCAAAUCAGACUGCACUUCUA